CAACGCAGGCGAAGAAAGACAGAAGAAGACAGAGGAAGCUCCCAUUUUCAAGAGACAACGAAAUCGCCGAACUUGCUAGAACUCAACCCUCCCAGAGAAGAAGAUGUCGUGGCAAACCUACGUCGAGGAGCACCUCAUGUGCGAGAUCGACGGUAAUCAUCUCAGCUCUGCUGCUAUCCUUGGUCAAGACGGCAGCGUUUGGGCCCAGAGCGCCACUUUCCCUCAGUUCAAGCCUGAGGAAAUAACUGGUAUCAUGAAAGACUUUGCCGAGCCUGGAUCACUUGCUCCAACUGGGUUAUAUCUUGGCGGCACUAAAUAUAUGGUGAUUCAAGGUGAAGCAGGAGCUGUCAUUCGAGGGAAGAAGGGUCCUGGUGGGGUUACUAUCAAGAAGACCAAUCAGGCCCUAAUCAUCGGAAUUUAUGAUGAACCAAUGGCUCCCGGUCAAUGCAACAUGAUAGUGGAAAGGCUUGGUGAUUACCUCAUUGAUCAGGGUCUUUAAUUUUUGUUUGGAAUGUAUUGUUAUCAUGCAUAUUUUAUUGGCUUCCAUAUACAAAGGCUUUGAAUCAACCUGAUUGCAGUGUAAUAAUAUUUUGGGUAUCAUCAAAAGUCAUGGGAUCUGCGCGUGGCAAAGAAAUGUUUGGUGCUUGAGAAAGUAAUGACUGUAAUCUCUCGUGUACUUCCUAGUGGGUAUCUGUCUACAUUACAGUGGUUUCAUUGCUAUGGUAUUAAUGAUUGGCGUAAUCUUUAUAUAAACAUCGCAUUUUCUUGUUCUUGUGUCA